AUGAACAAUGGGUGUAUCAGCUGGAGAAGCAAGAAACAGCGUGCAGUGGCUCUAUCAUCUACGGAAGCCGAGUACAUGGCGUUGACAGAAGCUACACAAAAAGCAGUAUGGAUCAAAGCAUUUUUGUGUAAGCUUGGCGAGAUGAAGAACGACGAAGCAGUCAAAAUCUAUGACGAUAACCAAGGUUCCAUCGCGCUGGUCAAGAACCCCGAGUUCCAUAAAAGAACGAAGCAUAUCGACAUCCGGUAUCACUUCGUGCGCGAGAAGGUCGCAGACGGUCAAGUGUUGCUACAGUACUGCGCUACAAAGGACAUGAAAGCAGAUCUCAUGACGAAACCGAUCUCUGCUGCGCAGUUCGAAUAUCUUCGGGGCAUGCUGGGGAUCAAGACGCCACGGUCUGCCGAGGCGAGUGGGAGUGUUGUUAAUGAUACGCCUCGGCAUGACGUUUUAUAA